AAUUUUUUAACUAAUAUGUCAUAUAUGCUAAAAUUAUAGAAUUGUGAGAUCCUAAUUUUGUGAAUAUUUAUAUUUUUGUAUAUAUACCGCCCAUGAUAUAUCCAAAAUCGGAAAACAGUUUUGUGCUCCACUCCAAUACCCACUCUCCCCCCAUGGCCUCCUACUUCUCCCACCUCUCCUCCCCAGAUCGCGACGCCGUCGAUGCCAUCGUCUCCCAGGCCAUCGAUCUCUGCACUCUCGAUCAGGUCGCCGCCCUCAACACCUCCCAUCUCUCCGACUCCUCCCUCCUCCCCACCGACCUCGAAUCCCGCUUCCGAAAGCUCAAAUCUUUCCCCGGAGCCAAUCCCCAGCGACCCCUCGAUCAAAGGAAGGAGAACAUACCCCGAAUCUCGAACCGUGGCGAGAGCAUCCCCAAGCCAUCAAUCGAUUCCAACGAGCCAGCAGAAGAGAAGAAGCCGCCCACAAAAGCCGAGACCUCCUCUUCUCCUCCCCUGGAACCAGACGUCGACAAGAAUUUGGGAAACCCGAAACCAACAACUGGGUUCGCGUCGUCGUCGUCUUCGAUACCUCUCCCUUCUCCGAGAGACUCUCCGUCGCCACCGCGGCGAGGGUGCUGCUUCGUGUUCUCGCCGAGGGGAAAGGAGAGGAAGCGUGGGGAUUGGGGCGGGAACGACGAGAUUCUCUCGGACGUGGGCACGUUCUCGAUGAAGGAGCAGCAGAGGAAGCUGAAGAAGGCGCUCAAGGAGCAGGAGAAGGCGAGCCGGGAGGCGGAGAAGAUGGUGGAGUGGGUGAAGCAGGCGUCCGCGAGGAUGAAUGUGACCGCCGUCGAUGAGUUGCUCAGCGACGACGAAGAAGAGCUCAAGUGAUUCCUGGUAGUUUUCCUUCUUUUGGCAGCAUUCUUUUCUUGCAAACAUAUGGUCACUGGAGCUCAUCCUGCUCUUUCACAAAAUUUUGCAACUAUGCAAGUGGCAUUGAGACUGGAGACCUGAUACAGGUGCGUACUAAAGUCAGCACUUUGUAUGCACUAUUUGAAUACUAUUUCACCUAUGAAACAAUGUCAGAUGGCAUAUACGUAUUUGCUGAUGUAAUAUAGGCAUCGCAGUCAUGUAUUUAUGGCAUAUGAUCGACCUAGUACAUAUAAAGUCUCCAACCCUAUGAGCUAAGAUUGGAGGGUGUAUAUUCUGAUGGGUAAUUUACCAAGGAUUUUUCUGCAUCUCGGAGCUUGAUAAAUGUACUAGACAUUUAGAAACAAACA